AUCCCGCCAGUUCGUAUUUAAACGGCAGUCGAACGACGCUGACACGAGCCGCAUCCGACAGUGGACCCAACAACAUAUCUCCUUCUGUUCUCCACGAUCGUGUAGUCCGGUCAAUAUCAACCCCAAACGUGCUCUUGGAUUAGUUCGUUUCAGCACGUUUUUAUCCAAGUAGCGAUAAGAUUUUAAAAUGACUAUUUCGGGACCCAGCUUCGAUGGCUACUCAUGGGGAGCCCAGGCCUCCAGUGGCUCCAGGUUCGGCAACAUGACGGUGGUGGACAAGGUGCCGCCGGAAAUGCUGCACAUGGUCGACCCCCACUGGUAUCAAUUCCCGCCGUUGAACCCGAUGUGGCACGGGCUUCUCGGCUUCGUAAUCGGGGUGCUUGGUUUCAUCUCCCUAACUGGGAAUGGUAUGGUUAUCUACAUCUUCCUCACGACGAAGAGCCUUCGUACACCGAGCAACCUGUUUGUCAUCAACUUGGCCAUCAGCGACUUCUUCAUGAUGGUGGUCAUGUCGCCGCCCAUGGUAGUCAAUUGCUACUACGAGACAUGGGUACUCGGACCUCUAUUUUGCGAAAUUUACGCGAUGGCGGGGUCCUUUUUCGGAUGUUGCUCCAUUUGGACUAUGACCAUGAUCGCAUUUGACAGAUACAACGUGAUCGUAAAGGGUUUAGCUGGUAAACCACUGUCCAUCAACGGAGCACUUGCCCGUAUAAUGGCUAUAUGGACGUUCGCUCUGCUUUGGACCCUCGCGCCCAUGUUCGGCUGGAACCGAUACGUUCCCGAGGGUAACAUGACCGCUUGCGGCACCGAUUACUUGAACAGAGACAUAUCGUCCUCCUCCUAUCUCAUGGUAUACGGUAUCUGGGUAUACUUCUGCCCGCUCGGACUCAUCUGCUACAGCUACUGGUUUAUCAUCCAAGCAGUCUGCGCCCACGAGAAAAACAUGCGCGAACAAGCGAAGAAGAUGAACGUCGCCUCUCUGCGAUCAUCGGAGAACCAGAACACCAGUGCCGAAUGUAAAUUAGCGAAGGUCGCUCUGAUGACGAUUUCCUUGUGGUUCAUGGCCUGGACACCGUACCUAGUGAUCAACGCCGGUGGUAUCUUCAACCUGAUCAACAUUACUCCGUUGUUCAGCAUCUGGGGCGCUGUGUUCGCCAAGGCCAACGCUGUCUAUAAUCCGAUCGUCUACGGAAUCAGUCAUCCGAAAUACCGAGCUGCGCUCUUCGAGAGGUUCCCAUCGUUGGCAUGCGCGAACGAACCAUUGCCAGUGGACGCGACCUCCACCGUUUCCGGUACCACCACCGUUACUGAAAACGAAAAGGCGAACGCGUAAAACCAUCAUGCCACUGCGCAAAACAUCUCGUGAGAUCCCACGUGUUUUAAUUCGAACUCGUGCCGUACCAAUCAAAGCUCACGAUCGAUCGGUCCAUGAUUAACGAACCGCUAGGAAAUUGAAGACGACGCUAAUGUUAUCAUUACAGACACGAAAUUGUAAAUACUAGCAUCGGUUGUCGCGUUGAGAAAUAUUUUUGUACAAAUUACGAGGGGGACGCGCUUCGAACACAGGGAACGCGAGAAGGAGGAAGAGGGACACACCUAACAUCAUCGGGACAACCAUAUACAUUCUCGCGACGCGAGUACUCAGUACACGGAAUUGUUCCAAAAUGCGGCAAUAAAUCGAGCAAACUUCGAAUCCUCUCAUGAUCGAUGGAAGCAAUCAACGAUUCCCAUUUGCACCACAAUGCGAAUCGCGCAGCGUUGAAUCAUGGGUUGCGAUUUUAAUUUUGUAAAAUUUAUUCCGCAGCAAUAUACAUGGUCACUUUGGUAUAACUGGCGCCAGCUCUAUGUUUACUAGUUUAGUAAGCACGUAUCACACUAACGUGAGAUACAAUGAGAGCGUCGUAUCUGUACCUUAAUUUUAUAAAUAUAAAUGCGAAUAAAUUAUGCAAGCAACGGACAA